GUGCCUUUUUAAAAGGGAGUGUAGGGACUGAGACCUGCUCUUCUCUGGGUGGUGAGCACAUGGAUUGGACCUUGUUCCUAAUAGUUUGACUUUAUUUAGGAACAAAGUAAAAACAAGCAGCUAAUUUUUAACCUUUUCAAGUGAGGCAUAACAGUGACAUGAAGUGGGGUUGGGUGCUUUUAGGGGUUCUACUAUCUUUUGCUUAUCUGUGUUGGAGCGAAAAGGGCCUGGAGUUCCCUGAAUAUGACGGGAAGGACCGUGUCCAUCAAAUGACCAGCAAGAAUUACAAAUCUGUGAUGAAGAAAUAUGACGUCAUGGUGAUCUACUUCCACAAACCUGUUGGCGAGGACCGCAUGUCCAGAAAGCAGUUUGAAGUGGAAGAACUUGCUUUGGAGUUGCUAACAAGCCCUGCCGCCUUGACCUACCAGCUUGCCGCCCAGGUGCUUGAUGAUCUUGAGGAUGAGGACAUUGGAUUCGGCCUGGUGGAUUCAAAGAAAGACAGAGCUGUUGCUAAGAAGCUAGGCAUGCCGGAGGUGGACAGCAUUUACAUCUUCGCUGAUGACGAGAUCAUAGAGUACGAUGGAGAGUUAGCAGCCGACACGCUGCUUGAAUUCCUCUAUGAUGUGAUUGAGGAACCAGUGGAGAUCAUCAGUAAUGACCGAGAGCUCAAAGGCUUUCAUAACAUCGAGGAGGACAUUAAACUCAUGGGCUACUUCAAGAGCGAGAAAUCUUCACACUUCAUUGAGUAUGAUGACGCAGCUGAGGAAUUUCAUCCCUUCAUCAAGUUCUUUGCCACAUUUGAGCCAAAAAUUGCUAAGAAAUUAAAACUGCAGAUGAAUGAAGUGGAUUUCUAUGAGCCCUUCAUGAGCAAACCUGUCACCAUCCCUGGCAAACCCUACAUGGAGGAGGACAUCAUUAGCUACAUUGAGGAACACGACAGACCAACUCUGAGAAAAUUGGAGGCCCACAGCAUGUAUGAGAUCUGGGAAGAUGAUAUUGACGGACAGCACAUUGUUGCUUUUGCUGAGGAGUCUGACCCUGACGGUUAUGAGUUCCUGGAGAUCCUGAAGGAAGUGGCUCAAGAAAACACAGAUAACCCAGAUUUAAGCAUAAUCUGGAUUGAUCCUGACGACUUUCCACUGAUGUUGCCGUACUGGGAGAAGACCUUCGGCAUUGACCUCUCGUCCCCUCAAAUCGGUGUGGUGGACGUUGAGGAUGCUGACAGUGUGUGGCUGGAGAUGGAUGAUGAAGAGGACAUGCCCACCGCUGAGGAGCUUGACACCUGGAUCGAAGAUGUGAUGACUGGCAAAAUCAACCCUGAUGAUGAAAAUGACGAUGUUGAUGACGAUGAUUAUGAUGAUGAUGGUGAAGAUGAGGAUGAGGAUAAUGAUGAUGAUGACAAGGAUGAUGAUGAUGAUGAUGAUGAUGAGGAUGAUGAAUAAAUUCUUACCUCUA